AAAAAAAAUAAAACGCAACUACAUUAAAGUCUUAAUUAUCCGAAGGACCGAAUGAAGCUCAAUAUUUUUAGCUUUUUUAACUGUAGCUGUACCUUAAUUUUAAAAAGGUAGGUACUCGUAUAUCGUGAAUAAUAUGCACAGUGGGGAGCAUGCUCUAAAUUAGCAUGUUAAGUAGUCAUAAACAAAAAAAGAACAACUUUACUAGUUAGGCCUUGACUACAAUCUAACCUGGUGGUAAGUGAUGACACAGUCUAAGAUAGAAGCGGGCUAACCGGUCUUUGCCGGUAGGGUGGUAACUAGCCACGGCCGAAGCCACCCACCAGCCAGACCUGGACCAAUUAAGAAAAUCUCAAUCUGCCCAGCCGGGGAUCGAACCCAGGACCUCCAUUUUGUAAAUCCACCGCACUUACCACUGCGCCACAGAUGCCGUCAAAACCAUACCAUAUUAAUCUGUGAUUUGUGAUAUUGUCAAUGUCAAAUUGUCAACUUAAAUGUCAAAAGUCAAAACAAAAAUCUAACCAAACCAAAACAAACUUGUAAAUUCAAAUUAUUAUUACAUUCAACUGAUAAUUUGUUACAGUUACAAAAUUGACGAGUAAUUCGUUUCCUUUGAAUGAUAAUGAAUAAUCGUGUGACAGAGCCGCCAGUAUGCCUCUUGUAAAGAUCGACUAUGUGGUCAGCUUCAGCAGCGAAGACCCGAUAAACUCUAUAACAAUUGGUGCAUACCAUGUUGCUGUAAUAGAAGUGUUGGUGGGAUCCUCCGAGAAACCCAAUGACCCAUUUGAGGUGCUGGUGCCGAGCUGCGUGCUGCUGGCGCCGGCCGCCAGUCGGCGCGGCGACAGCGUUGAGUGCGUGCGCUCGUUCGGCGCGGCGCAGCUAGCGGGCGCGGCGGCGCGGCGCUGGGACCGCGUGCGGCUGGCGUGCUCGCAGCCCUACAACAAGCAUUGCCAGUUCGGGCUGGCGUUCGUGCACAUAUCAAGCUCGGACAGCCAGCCGCAGCCUGCGCCGCCGGCGCCGCCGGUGUCGCGUCUGCUGCAGCUGGGCGCGGACGGCUCGUCGGACGAGGAGUUCCGGCCCGGCGAGCUGUUCGCCUCGCACCGGCGCCAGGGCGGCAGCCAGAGCACAGAUUCUCAAAUUCGCCAAGCUUCGUCGCAAGCGCUCAACAACAUCUCGGACGCGUCCAGCAAGCUGACCCGCGCGCACAUCGAGCGGCGCGCCCCGCCCGCACCCCGCGGCGCCGACCAGCAGAGCGGCGCCCGGCCCGGCGGCAACGAGCACGCCGCCGGCGGACGCACGGGCGGCAGCUCUCGACCGCCUGCCGAUGAGCGCGCCGGGAGCAGUGCUGGGCCCGCCGCCGCCGCGCACAAGCGCAAGAGGUCGGACGAGCCGGGCCCGGUGUGCGCGGAGCUCGGCUCGGUGCUGGCGGGCGCGGCCGUGGCGCUGAGCGGCUACGUGGACCCGCGCCGCGCCGCGCUGCGCAGCGCCGCGCUGCAGCUGGGUGCGCGCUACCUGCGCGACUGGGGGCCCGCCUGCACGCACCUCGUCUGCGCGUUCCCCAACACGCCCAAGCUGCGCGCGCUGCGCGCGGCCGGCGGGUGCGCCGUCGCCGUCACGGGCGAGUGGCUGGAGCAGUGCGUGCGUCGGCGGCGCCGCCUGCCGUGGCGCUGGUUCGCCGUGGAGCCGCAGCAGCGCCAGCCCGCGCCACCGCUCUCCGACGCUUCCGAGGGAGACACUGACGACGAAAUAGAAAAGGUUCUCGAGCAGCAGCAGGGCAACAAGCGGCGGCGCAGCGGGACGCCGGACGCUACCGGCCCCGCGGACGCGGUGGACGCCGGCGGCUCGACGGACGCGGCGGACGGCGCCGGGCAGAUGGACGCGUCCACCGACUCGGACGUGACGUUCGUGCGCGACGAGCGCGUGCGCGCACAGAUCAGCCUGCACUCGGACUCGGACGCGACGGACGAGGAGGAGCGCGCGCACCACGCCGACAGCGAGCUCAUCACGAGGGAGCUGCCGCACUUCUGGGCGGGCCGCACGUUCCUGCUGGCGGCGCGCCUGCCGCCCCGCGCCGCCGCGCGCCUGUCCCGCUACGUGCGCGCCUACGGGGGGCUCGUGCUGCAGGAGAGCCAGCUGCAAGCAGACAGCAGCGUGCAGUACGUGGUGGGCGGGGCGGGCGAGGCGGCGGGGGCGGGCGCGCGCCGCGUGUCGCCGGCCUGGGUGUGGCGCCAGCACGCGCGCCAGGGGCUCGCCGCCGCGCCGCCGUGAGAGGUGCCACACCGUGCCGUCGACUUGUUGUUACUGAUCCAACUAAUGCCGACUAGUUUUUUAACUAAAUAAACUACUUUUUUAACA